CUGCUUCCGCCUUCCGCUCCAAAAUAGCUCGUCGAUUUGUCUCGGGCGAUUUUAUUCUGUGAGUAGCUGUAGCAAAUUCGGCGGAUAGUCUUGCGUUAUAGGAUACGUUAUGCUUAUGAACGGCCAGACUAGGUUGUUCAUUGCUUAAUCUUCCUAUUAAAUAGACCAACACAAGACCCGGGAAGGGACGUCAGUAUGGUCAAGUUAUUUCACAUAGCCGUGUUGUAUAAGCACCCAACGAAAGGCGUCAUAUUAAAAUGCGCGAGCGAAGUAUCGUCGUUCAGCUUCUUCCAGCGAUCGAGCGUUGUGGAAUUUCUGAAGUUUUCCAGUCAAAUCAUAGUGUCUCGAAGCUGUGCGGCGACUCGGUCUUCUGUACGGGAGCGAGAAUACAUGUGCCACGUCUACGUUCGCAGUGACAGCUUAGCCGGCGUCGUCGUUUCUGACCACGAAUACCCGAGCCGAGUGGCGCACACGUUACUCAACAAGGUACUGGACGACUUUGCCUCGAAAAUUCCGGCACAUACGUGGUCUUCUCUAGUUGAAAGCACAUGCCAGUACCAGGGCUUGGAGGCGUACCUGGCAAAGUACCAGGUACCCACUGAAGCUGAUGCAAUGACCAAGAUCCAAGCCGACCUAGAUGAAACAAAAAUCAUCCUGCACAAUACCAUUGAAGCUGUCUUGGAGCGUGGCGAGAAACUGGAUGACCUUGUGGCAAAAUCUGAAGACCUGAGCAUGCAGUCAAAAACUUUUUACAAGACAGCCCGCAAGACCAAUCAAUGCUGCACCAUCCUCUGAAAGCAACUGGAGCUCGUUGAUUUGUAUGUGUAGAUAUAUAUAUAUGUGUUCUGUCAAGGCUGUUGUGGGCACCUGCUGGACAGAGGGCGCUACUCAUUGUGCAACAUGGCUUUGUGUAAAACAGUUGUUGUAACUAAGUGGACAAAUAAAACUUGACGUGGGCCAGCCAGUA